CCAACAUUGACCCAGAACCCAACCUCAGCCUUCGCCUUCAUAUCUCCGUCAGCAGUUGCUUCUCUAGCCUGCUCCAAUCCCUCCAUUAUAUAUCCCCCCUCCCUUACUCCUCCAAAAUGCAGUCAGGAAUCUCUGCAUCGCAAGAGCUCCAACUAGCUCUCCAAACUCUCUUAACCUCAACCUCUCAACGCGGUCUCUUCGCUACAAUCACGAACGAGCAAAUCACGCCCGGCUCUACCAUCCCGUCCUCAUCAUCCACCUUCCUCUCAGACCUCUCCAACCUCUCCUCUCACAUUCAACCAAAUGUAGCCUUAUACAUCCUCCUCCGCCGCUCCGACUCCCUCUCCUCCCCAGAUAAAUCCCUCGUCGCAGUAACCUACGUCCCCAACGCCGCCCCAGUCCGCCAAAAGAUGCUAUUUGCUUCCACCCGACUCACACUAGCCCGAGAACUCGGUAGCGAGCAUUUCGCCGAAACAAUCUUCUGCACCGAAGCUGAUGAACUCACUGCCUCGGGUUGGGAAAAGCAUCUCGCACAUACCUCAUCUGAGAACCCUCUGACCCAGGAAGAGCGGGAUCUCGAAAACAUCAAAGAAGCCGAAGCUUUGGAAUCGCGGGGCACACAGGGCCAGGGUCUGGCGCAAGGGGGCCGGAUUGCGAUUCGAGCGGAUGGCGAUAUUUCUGCAGCGUUGCAGGCGCUGGGGCAAGGAGGGAGUGGAAAUUUGGUGCAGCUAAGGAUGGAUGUUCCGACGGAGACGUUGCAGCUCGUUGGCAUGUCCGAGGCUUCGCCGUCGCAAUUGUCGAAUGAGAUUAAUGGCACAGAACCCCGGUUCUCGUUUUACAAACAUAACGAUCCUGCGUCGUCGAUUGUCUUCAUUUCGACAUGUCCGAGUGCAGCGAAGAUUAAGGAACGAAUGCUGUAUGCGGCGAGUAGGAGUAAUGUGAUUUCACUUGCGCAGUCGGAGGGUGGAUUGACCGUUGCGAAAAGGAUUGAGGCCACGAACCCGGACGAAAUUACGGAGCAGGUCAUUGCAGAAGAGUUCAAAACCGCUGCAGCAGAGGAGAAGAAAGGGUUUGCGAAGCCGAAGAGGCCAGGACGGAGGUAGUAGAAUGAUGGCUGCGGGACGGCCGGGAUAGCUUAUAAGAGUGGCGUUUCUAGACCCAUUAAAGUGGCAGGGUUGGAAUUGAAAAUCCCCAAAGCUUGAAGUCUUAAGCUCUGGAAGAU